AUCACGGACGCGUUUCCCGCCUGGGUCGCCGGCGCGGCUUUGGUCGGCGGCACGCCCGUCGGGCCCGCGGUCUUCGGCUGGAUGGGCCCGGACCUCGUCACGGCCGCGCUGGCGCUCAUCAUGCUCGCCAUGGGCACGACCCUCACGACCGCCGACUUCGCGCGCGUCGCCGCUCGGCCGUCCGCGGUGCUCGUGGGCUUUUGCGCGCAGUUCGGCAUCAUGCCCGCCGCGUCGGUCGCGUCGUCGCGGCUCUGGGGGCUGCCGCCCGCGCUCGCCGCGGGCGUCUGCCUCGUCGGGUGCUGCCCCGGCGGCACGGCGUCGAACCUCGUGAGCCUCAUCGCGCGCGCCGACGUGCCCCUGAGCAUCUCCAUGACCACGGCGUCGACGCUGGCCGCGGCGGCCCUGACGCCCGCGCUCGCGAGCCUGUGCGUCGGCGCGAAGGCGGCCGUGUGCCGUUCCGCGCUCGCGGCGUCGACGCUCAAGGUCGUGCUGCUGCCCGUCCUCGGCGGGCUCCUC